AUGUUGGAUGACAUUACUAGUUCAAAAAGUUGUUUGGAACAAGAUCUUGGACCUGAUAAUUAAUCACAUUUCUUAGAAAAGUACUUUUAUGACUUAAUUACUGAUAAUUGUGAUCAAAUAUUAACAAACACCUUAUAUAGAUCCUUAAUUGAACAAAUUUCAGAUAAGAAAUAAUUGGAAACUAUCCUUACUAGAUAUAUCUAGGAUUAAAUUGAGUUGCAACAACGUUAAAAGAUUCAUUCCAAAUAUUUUUUUGCCAAAUCAGCAGUUCCUUUCAAAAAGUUAUUGUAAUAGUUUAGACAAUUGUUGAUUCCAGAGGAAAAUGUAAGCCAUACAAGUAGUACAUUAAGUUAAUCCUUUGAAAAAAACAAUAAAAGCAGAUUUUUCAAGAAUUCUGACUUUAUAGAAUUGUAUGAAAAUUAACCCUUCGAAGAAAUGGCUGAACUAAACAAAGGAGAGCUUAUAUACAUUGAUGUUAGGUUUCGUAUUACAAAUUCAUAAUUAAAAGAUGAACUUUACAAAAUACGAUCUCAUAUCUUGAAAUAAUUACUUUAUUAAACUAAUACUGAUGAAAAUUUCUUUUAAACUUUUAAUGAUUAUUAUCGAUUAAAAACAAUUACAGUUCUACUUUUUGUUAAUGGAGACAUUAAUUUUGAUUAUGAAAAGUAUUUUGACUUCAAGGAAUUGCAAGUUGGAUAGAAGAGAUUCUUGAUCAAACUUAAAGUUUGUUAUGUCUCAGCAAAUAGACUCUACUCUAAUUUUUGUAUCUCAAACAACAUUAUUAGCCAUACUAUUACAUAAUAGAAUAUGGCAUUUUAUGAAUUGAAGAGGUACGGUCAGUGUAAAGUGAUUAUAAAUAAAACAAUUGGAGAAUUAAGAAGAAUGAAAUAGAAAAGCAAAUUACAGCAUUUUUAAAGAUUAUAAAUUAUACAUCUUAGCAUUAGGUAGUAUGGCAACUAUAGGGUUAUUGUGGAAUAGUUUUUCAAAAAAAGGGAAUUAUGA